GUUACUAGUACAAAUCAACCAUCAUCUUCAGAAUUAUAGACUCCUUUAUUUAUUUUCUCAUUAAUUCGUACUUAUUGACAUGGCUUCGAAAAAUCAGGCCUCAAUUACCCUUUUCUUAUCACUCAAUCUCCUAUUCUUUGCUCUUGUAACUGCAACAGAUAAUUGUGGCACUUGUGGAAAUGGUGGGGGAGGACAAGGGAAGUGUCCGAAGGAUGCUUUGAAACUUGGGGUAUGUGCUAAUGUACUUAAUUUGGUGAAUGUAACUGUCGGGUCUCCUCCACCUUUGCCAUGCUGCAGUUUGAUCCAGGGACUGACGGACCUAGAGGCCGCGGUUUGCUUGUGCACAGCCAUAAGAGCAAAUGUGCUGGGAAUUAAUUUGAACAUACCACUCUCUCUAAGCCUCGUACUCAACAACUGUGGAAGGAAUCCUCCUACCGGCUUCACUUGUUGAGCAGUAUCGCGAUCUGAUUGAUAUCGAAUUGCUGAUGUUGUUAGUGAGUGAGAUCAUAAAUGCUUGCCAAUGGCGCGGGUUUUAUCAAUUAAGUUUCCUUUGUGUUUGUGGAAUUUUGGACAUCGUUCUCUCGUUCAGUUCAGAAUAAGUGAGCUUUGCAUAUAUAUAAAUGCAGCUUCAUCACUUCACUUUACAUAGUCCUGUUAUGCUUUUUGGACGUGUUUCCUUUACAAAUGUUUCAAUUCAAUGGAUCGAAUGUUUUUUUAUUCCUUUUA